UUGUAUGUUCAAACUUAGCUCUAUGAUUACCUACAAGAUCGUACUGGUUAAUAAUCUCACUAAAGUUUAGUAUAAUCUUUUAGCAAAAGCAAUGUGCUCUAUUCUUAACAAAAAACUGAUCACAAGAUAAAACAGAUAUGUAUCGCUCAUCUGAGCAGAUAUCAUUAAUACUAUUAGUCUAUUAGCAAUCAAUACGUUGGGCAUAAGGUCAAGGAAAAAGACAACCAGCACUCAGCAGCGGUUCUUGCAGAAUUCAGUAAGUUCCCGUGUUGAAAUGAAUACAACAGCAGGAGACAAAAAUGACCUCCGAUGACAGCCGCAGCUACACUCGCCCAGGGCCGGCUGGUAUACCAAAAUAGGGGCCCAUAUAAUCUGGUACAGUGUAUAUUUAAAGAAAAAAAGAAAAAGGCCCAUCUAUCACACAUGCACAGCCAGCGUGUAAACCUGUCCACAAUACAACCAGUUGCCCUCGUCAGGAAAUAAAGGCCUGAACACAGCGGAAGGUUGAGGCUUCGUUUCCUGUCGACCGAUUCACGCACGGAGUCCUUGCGAGUUGCCCUCGCCCAGCCGCCCACUUGCCUGAUUGAAAUUUGGAAAUUUGGAUCCCUAAUUCCCAAAUCACGCAAGGUCAUAGUCUCCUAGAGAGUUGGAGACGGAGGCACAUGAUAGAUCAAAGUCGACAAGGAGGAAAUCGGGAUUCAAGAAGAGAUCAAGAUCAACAGACAACGGAAAAAGCACGGAAGUCUCGUUUCUCCUGAAGUCAUAAUUACUGGAGGCUUGGAGGUCUGGUUUGUUAGCAUGCUAUUUCUCUUUAUUAUGCAUGUGUAUUGUACUUUUGUUGAUUAGUAUGUUUUUUUUCCGCAUUGCAAAUGUUUUGCUUCCAAAUUUAUAUGUGACAUGUUUGUUUAAAUUGUAUAAGAUGGCGCCAAUUAAUCUUAGAUGUCAAUGGACAUUUACAAACUUCACAAAUAACCCAGUGGAGUCUACAUUCAUAGAAUUUGACGACCUCAACUGGUCGGAUACAUACAGAACAUGUAGCAUUUCCGUGAGGAUAGAUGUCAAAUUUCUUGUUAAUCCGAGUGGUGAUAGACUUCACUUCAUUCUGAUGGAUAGAACUGGUGCCAAAAUCGAGGCUAUAGUUGCUGGAAAUGAUUUAGUGCAUAGAUUCGAUUUAACAUUGCACAUGGGUCGUAAGUACAUCAUUCAUGGUGUUACUAUUCGGCCCAACUUUGAAGAGGUGGAGUGUAGAUUCAUUAACCACACAUAUGAGUGCUCCUUCAGUGCAAGAACAUUUGUUGAGUCACUCUCACUAGAAUUUCCAAGAUAUCCAAAGCAUUUGAUGUCCAUCCAUGAAGUUAUGAGGUGUCCAAACAAAACAUUCGUAGACAUAGUUGGCAUAGUUGUUCAAUAUGAUGAUCAUCAACUCAUCGGGAGACACCCAUCUGCUGAAUUGUAUAGAGAGGUCACCUUCAUGGAUAUUUGGGGCAAACGUAUAGUUGUUGGCAUUUCGGGUGGCAACUUGAUUCAAAACUCGUAUAGGUGGUCAACAACUGAAGGCAAUAAAUCUAUUGUCCUUGCAACUAUGCUCCGUAAGAAUAGAAAAUAUGGAAAUUUGGAAACUUCAAGUUACACCACCCUUGCAUUUAACCCGGAUCAUCCUUCAGCACGUGCACUUGAUGACAUUCGCCAGAAAAUAAUAGGUGGGUUGAUUGACAUGGAGUUUGUUCGAGAAUUUAUUGAGAAGAGGUGGGAUUUGCUAGCAAGCGGGCUGUCUACAAAUGAUCCCCGACACAAGAUGUAUACAAAGAAAGCUCGAUCCAUGUAGUAGAGAUAGCAGAAAUCAGUUGUCUAUUACGCAUGAUUGUGCCUUUCAAUUUAUAAGUUUAGUUGUCUCGUGAUGAAGAUCAUAUGUAGUACUUGUUGAGGCAUAAUUUAUGCCUAAGUAAUUUUGGUGA